AUGCUUUCACGACGCAUUUUCCGCGAGCUUACUGACCGUGUGCUCUUGGGUGGAAGCUACAGAGUAACUGCUGCUUCUUGCGUUGCUAAUCAAUGUCGCCAAUGUCGUCGACCCGAUGUACCUCCUGCUCGCCACGCAUCGUCUUCGUCAUCAACGAGAUGGAAGUCUCGUCAAGGCAAAGACUUCUUCGCACGUGAAGCUCGGGUGCAGGGAUUGAAGAGCCGCGCAGCUUUCAAGUUGCUAGAAGUAUGAUGGUGAGAUAUUAGCGGUUGAGUGUUCACUGAUUUUGGUAGCUCAAUGAAAAGCACAAAUUAUUCAAGCC